AUGGUUGUAGAGACAUCAGAACGCCGCCGUAUCCCAGCAUGUGAGCGAUGCCGUCUACGGAAGACCAAAUGCGACUCUCGCGUACCUUCAUGUUCCAAUUGUUUAAAGGCUACGGUGGACUGCAUGAACCAAGAUAAAGUGUUGGGUAGAACGCAUUUGAGAAGCUAUUUCUUCGGAACAGGAGAAGAACCACAAAGUUUCGAAGAGCCUACUACUGCCAUUGACAAACAAGUGGAAAGUCCACAGAUCCAUAAACGGCCUCGUACAUCUACCAGCCAAUAUUCAUCUAUUCUGGAAACAAGGUCACCCUACUCCUCCACACUCGAUCCCCAGUCUGGCCAUUCUGAUUCUGAUGACGAUGAUGAUUCACUGAUAUACUCAAAUCAGGAGGACUAUGAUCCUGGAAGAAGGACUAUGGAGAACCUUCUAGCGUCGAGUUUCAACGGAGGGUCUGCUUCUCUGGUAAUGAGUGAUCUCGAUAACAUUCGCCAGUACACAAGUACCGGUAAAAGUCCGAGAGAGAUAUUCAUUGAAAAUGAGAAUAACGCCAUUUCCAAACUUGGAAGAGACUUUUUGAAACAAGGACGUCGUACAUACAGAAAGAACAGGGUCACUGAUAUUACUGCUUAUGAUUACAACUUACUCACAAGGCUAACCAGACGGUAUUUCACUUGGAUGAAUAGUGCCAACCAGGUUCUUCACGAGGUGAUGUUACAUCUCCAAUUAGAUAAGUGUCGAAAUAACCCUGAGAAAGCAACUGCGGUCGACCUCUUUCAAGUUAAAAUGGUAAUAGCUAUUGCGCUAGCUUCAAUUAGUCGGCCUCACAUUUCAAACUCCGAAAUUGGUAGAAUUGCCUUGGUAUUUUGGAAAUCUGCCAAUAAAACCAUCGGCUCAGUAUUCCAAGGCCAUGGUAUUUCAAAGCUUCAGAACAUUUUGCUACAUUUACAAUACACUCUAUUGGUUCCCAAAACGGGGAAUUUGUGGCAGCUCUCGGGAACCGCAAUGAGACUAGCUACAGAAAUGGGUCUUAAUGGGGAACCAGAUCCAUCCCAAUACUUUGAUCCUUUGAGCUUGGACCUACGUCGUCGGUUGUUCUGGACAUGUUACUGUAUCGACCGAAUUCUCUCAACGUCUAUGGGUAGACCUACAAGCAUUCAUGAUACUUGGAUUUCCGCAAAAGUUCCAGCUUUGGUUGAAGAUAGGCUCGUCACGGUGAAGGGAAUAGAGUCUGGUCCAAUGUGUCAUCUAAAAGUUUCUCAUAUCCAGCAAAUACGUAUUUGUCGGCUACAGUCAGAGAUUUACAAUCAGUUAUAUGCUCCAUCAAAGCGUCCGAAGAUUACAAAUGAGCAAUUAGAAAUUUGGAGCUGGCAGACAUAUGACGAGCUAAGACUUUGGAGAUGUACUUUCAUACACCCCACCCCUCUAAUAACCAAAGAAUGGUUUGAGUUGCAGUUUCAUAUUGCAGUAGUUUUGUUGUUUCGACCAUCUCCCAAUCGUCCCAAAUUGUCACUUGAUGCCUUACAUGUGGCUUUCCAUUCUGCGGGUGAAGUAAUGAGACUAGUGAGGAUUAUGCAUAGAGAGUAUUCUGCGGUAUUCUCAUGGCUUACGGUUCAAAACUUGUUCAUGUGUGGGUUAACGUUUGCCAAUUCAUUGAACGAGCUUGCGAAGCAAACCAAUUCACACCAAAUUUGUAUUCCAUUCUACGAAAUCUUCCAACAAAUCCAGUCAUGUACGGCUAUGUUGGAGACAUUGUCUGCUUUGGAAACAGGCGCCAAUGAUAGAAUAAGAAAUGCCUUUGAAAUGAUUUCAUCAAGUGUGAUUCAAACUAUUGCAAAUAUUGCUCCUUCUUUACCUAAGCAGUCUUCCCAUCAAGGUUGUAUAUGGGCUCAGAUCGCCAAAGUAGACACCAUCACUUUGUCUCGCCCAACCCAAAUAAAUGGUACAGUCAUACCUAUCAAGGGGCAAUCAGAAGUGCUCGGAUCAACUAACCUAAGGUUAUGGGAUAAUACAUCAAACGAAGAGGCUGCUAAAACACACUUUAUGGAACAUGAUAGAGAUGCAUCCUUGGUUAAUUCGAUGCUCAAAAAGCCUAUAGAUUCUGAGUCGUUUACCAUUGCAGAUGAACUGAAGGCGAGUGUCGACUCUAAUCAAAAAAGGAACAGAGAGGACACGGUAGAGUCUCAUAAUUCCCACUCCAACCAUAACAACCAGGACGGCUCUACUAGAGCACAUUUUCAUGGCCAAAUUCAUGAUCAUAGCACACCAGAUUCUCGUUGUAUCCAAGGAUUGGUUUCUUCCGAAGACCCACAGAUAGAUAGAGUUGAUGCACUCACUAUAGUCUCUGCCCAAGCAGAACCAUUACAAGAUAUGAGUGGUGUAACCAAUUGGUCAGAGGUGAGUUUGGGUGCUGAACUAGAACGGUGGUUCUUUUAUCCACUUCCAGAAUCCAGUGAACGCUACUUAGGUAGGGUUAAUCUGCCAUUUAGUAUCUAAUGUCUUAAGCAAGUGAUUCUCAUACAAAUGAAAAGUGUAAGGAAUGAAAUAGAGGAACCGAUUAUUGUUAAUAAUCACAGCUUUUACUCCAUAAACUCGGUUAGUCCUGCUUCUCCCUUCACAAGAUUACAAUAAUCACGAUAGAUUUAUAAAUAAAUCACAUAAUGAGCUAGCU